CAGAGGAAGGAAGGGCCGCGAGGAGGCGGGGCCGGCGCGCCGCUCGGGCGGGCGCUUCUCUCAACUUUAGUUUUGGCGUCGGCGGCGAGUUUCUCCCUCAGUCGGGCGCAGCCGCCGCCGCGGGAAAGAAAGGGAGGAAGGAAGGGGCCCCCGGAGGAAGCCGGGCAGCGGGGGAGGGGAGGCCCCGUGUCCGUCGGGGCAGCGCAGCGGCCGGGGGACAGCGUCGGGGGCCGCGGGGCGCGGGCGGGCCUGCGGCGCAGCCUCCCCCCCCCCCCCGGCCGCGACUCCAACCCCGUCGCCCGCGUCGGCAGCAUGGAUCCCGGGCCGCCGUCUCAGCCGCCGCAGCCCCCGCCGGCCACCGCGCAGGGCCAGGGGCCGCCGGCCGCGCAGCCCCCCUCGGGCCAGGGCCCCGCGGCGGCGGCAGGGCCGCCCGCGCCCCCGGGGUCGCAGGCGGCGCCGCAGGCCCCCCCGGCCGGCCACCAGAUCGUGCACGUCCGGGGGGACUCGGAGACCGACCUGGAGGCGCUCUUCAACGCCGUCAUGAACCCCAAGACGGCCAACGUGCCCCAGACGGUGCCCAUGCGGCUGCGGAAGCUGCCCGACUCCUUCUUCAAGCCGCCGGAGCCCAAGGCGCACUCCCGCCAGGCCAGUACUGAUGGGGGCACCGGAGGAGCCCUGACCCCACAGCAUGUUCGAGCUCAUUCUUCGCCUGCUUCCCUGCAGCUGGGCGCCGCAUCCCCAGGGAGCCUAACGCCCACCGGGGUGGUCUCGGGCCCAGCAGCGACCCCCACCGCUCAGCACCUUCGACAGUCUUCUUUUGAGAUCCCUGAUGAUGUCCCUCUGCCGGCGGGCUGGGAGAUGGCAAAGACGUCCUCUGGUCAGAGAUACUUCUUAAAUCACAUCGAUCAGACGACAACGUGGCAGGACCCCAGGAAGGCCAUGCUGUCCCAGAUGAGCGUCACGGCACCCACCAGCCCCCCCGUGCAGCAGAGCCUGAUGACCUCGGCCUCAGGUCCUCUUCCUGAUGGAUGGGAGCAAGCCAUGACUCAGGAUGGAGAGAUAUACUAUAUAAACCAUAAGAACAAGACCACCUCUUGGCUAGACCCAAGGCUUGAUCCUCGUUUUGGUAAAGCCAUGAACCAGAGGAUCAGCCAGAGCGCCCCGGUGAAGCAGCCUCCUCCCCUGGCCCCACAGAGCCCUCCAGGGGGCGUCCUGGGCAGUGGCGGCCCCGGCCCGCAGCAGAUGCGGCUGCAGCAGCUGCAGAUGGAGAAGGAGCGGCUGCGCCUGAAGCAGCAGGAGCUGCUCCGCCAGGCAAUGCGGAAUAUCAAUCCCAGCACAGCAAAUUCUCCAAAAUGUCAGGAAUUAGCUCUUCGUAGCCAGUUACCGACACUGGAGCAGGAUGGCGGGACUCCAAACCCGGUGCCUUCCCCUGGGAUGUCUCAGGAACUGAGAACAAUGACCACCAGUGGCUCGGAUCCCUUUCUAAACAGUGGCACCUACCACUCGAGGGAGGAGAGCACAGACAGCGGGCUGAGCAUGAGCAGCUACAGUGUGCCUCGGACCCCGGACGACUUCUUGAACAGUGUUGACGAGAUGGACACAGGCGACACUAUCAACCAAAGCACUGUGCCCCCCCAGCAGAGCCGUUUCCCAGACUACCUAGAAGCCCUUCCGGGGACAAACGUGGACCUUGGCACGCUGGAGGGUGACGGGAUGAGCAUGGAAGGGGAGGAGUUGAUGCCCAGCCUGCAGGAGGCCCUGAGCUCUGACAUCCUCAGCGACAUGGAGUCCGUGCUUGCCGCCACCAAGCUUGAUAAGGAGAGCUUUCUCACGUGGUUGUAGAGCCCGCAGGGAGACCGAGUGCCACAUCUGUGAAGGACCCAAGGAGAGGUUCCCCCGUGAGCCGGUCGCAGUCUCCGGGCUCACGCCGGAGAAGAGGAAUGGACGUCCCGCAGGAUUCUCGAUCCGUUGUUUCGCUCUUCUUGUCCGUUGCUGCUGUUGAUAUAUUGCUGACCUCUUUCAUAGUUGGCUCUAAAGAAUCAAAAAACAGUUUUUGGUUUCUUUUGCUAUUAUAACUACUGUUCGUUUGGGGGGCUGGGGGCAGUGAGCCUGUUGGGAUGACGGAUGCCAUGCCUUGCGCCCAGUUAGGUGUUCGCCCGUCGUGUCGAGCAAACACGCGGACUUGGGAGUCAGAUGCGUCACGUCAUAGCAUUUCAUUUGUGCGGGCGGUUGUCUGUCCAGUGGCCUUUGGCCGGUGGGAAAACAUGACUUACCCGUCAGUCGAGCCAGAGCGAUUCACCAGCGCUCAGUGCUUCGUGCUGAUUCGAUGAGCUCGCUGGAACCACGGCUGGAGACCGCUUCACUUUCAGUGUUUUUCCCUCCUCGUGCUAUCAUUAGUCACGUAGUGACCUUGAUUUUAUUUUAGGAGCUUAUAAGGCAUAAGACAGUUUCCGUAGAAAUGUAUUAAUUAUUGCCACAUACUCUAGUAUAGGUUGUGCUGGGUUUUAUUCUGGGUUUGUUGUUUUGAUUGGUUGGGCUGUGUCUUUUCUGUUUUUUGUUUUAGUUUUUGUUUUUUUUCCAGAAUCUAGACAAAUUAUCAUAGUAGCAACUCUGUAGUUGUAGCUGGGGGGCAACUAUUAAAAUCUACAUUUCCUGAUUUUUUACCAUCUUAUUUAAAUCUUGAUUAAUCCGCUCUAUAUAUACCCACACACACACUUAUAAUGUUUAUGAUAGUGUGAUAGAAGAAUGUAUCUUUUUUUUUUUUUUUUAAGGUUUCCCUACUUUCCAGGUUAUUUUAACACAGUAGUUUUCAAUGUGUGUGUUUAGAAUAUGUGAGUAGUGGUCGUACCGCACGGGUGGUUAAAUCUUUCGGGGCAGUGUGCGGACAUUAGAGGUAGUUUAGUGUUCUAGAAAGGGCUGUCGUCACAGAGAGCGUCUAGAGGACCGUGUGCUUACUGGGCACACGGUGUUGUCCAAUGAAUUUGAAAGAAGCAAACAAGAUAAGGCUGUAUUUUCCCCUUGACACUCCCUUGGACUAAUUUUGAGCCUCGAUGGGAAAUCACUCUGUAAGUUCAUAAUGUACACGACAGAGGUAAGCUUUACAUGUGCUUUACCUUUCUUUAGCUCUGGAAAUUGACCUUUGCCCUAGUUUUGGAAGUCCGAUCUAGUCUCUCAGUUCUUGCUUGUAACAAACAUAUUGAGGACUGUGUUGAGAUACUACAAGAUUGCUCUUACUUAAAACAGAUGUGCUCCUACUUGUACAUGGUGAGAAUUGACCCUGGACGGCAUAUAGGAUCCUGCCAAGGCGGUGAGUUAGCUGGUGAGGUGAUCAGAUUAAUAAAUGUAUAUCGGUAGUUGAAUUUAGCACAGAAAUAGAGAUAAUCAUGAUUAUACUUUUAUUUUUACAGGAAGAGAUAUAACUAGAGUAUGUCUACAGGAAGAAUAAUAAUGGUUUCCAAAGAGUAUUUUUUAAAGGAACAAAAUGAGCAGGAAUCAGCUCUUCAGUAUAAGCUAUGAAGGGACUAGUCGGCCGUGAGUCAUAGUGGUACCAGCGAGUGCCUCUGGGAUUGAGGGUCUUUCAGUAUUUCUGGAAUAAGCCCUUAUUUUCAAGGGUUUAUAACUGACAUAAGAAGAUCUUUUUUCUUGGCUAAAACUGCUAUGAAAAACCUCAGCUUGGACAGAUUUUUUUUUUUUUUUUUUUAAUUACAAAAAUCUUGGGCCUUCGGUGGAGAGGACUACAAUAGUUGGGAAUGAGAAGUUUUAUCUUAAGUACUUUCAGUGCUCAAAAAUUAAAUGACUGUGUUGUAUAUAAUGACUCAUAGGUCGAUCAUUCGUUACUAUUGACUCUAAGACUUCUUGUUAGGAAGCAGCAGAAAGAGUAAAUCUUGAAUUAACUCUGAGGGGAAAUGGCCACUGUGGAGAUUCCUUGACUUUUUUUUUUUUAAGAGCAAUAAUGAAAUUGUACCCAGAAUGCAUGAGUGAGUGUAGGGACCGUCCAGUGGGUGUUGGUUUCCUCGUGCAGAGGUGGGAGCUGCGUGGAGGGGGUGCCUGCGUGGCCAGGAAGACUCCGGGGACCCAGGGUUCUUCCUGUCCCCAAGACUCUGGCUUGCCCAGUCACCCCACAGUGUCCCUGAGGUGCUGGGGACCCCGACCGCACCCUCCAUUCACCUGAAGGACACGUAGCAGUCCUUCCUUCUUUCUGAUUUGAAUCACAGCCUGGAUGUGGUCUGUCUUGUUCUGUGUCCUUGUUCCUAAUGUUAACGUGUGUAACUGCUUCUUGGUUAUACUGGGUAGCGUCGGGUAAGAUUUUAACUGGGUAUUCUUGAAUUGCUUUUACAAUAAACCAGUUUUAUAACCUUUCAGUUUAUCAACUUUUUACAUCUUGUGUUCUUUUCAGUUAGGGCUUCUUAGGUGUACUGACAUUGGAGCGCACUGAUCGGGAGUUUCAGAUUCUCCAAAGCACUGCCUGCAGUCAUAGCUGUUUCUAAAUACAGUGCCUUUUUUAGAAAAGGAAGAAAGAACAGUAAGGAACUGACUUUUAUUUUUAUAUACAGACAUUAUUGUCGUUUUACGUAUUCACAGUAAAUAGAUGCAUUCUGAGGGAAACUGGCAGAAACAUUAAAAAAUAACCCUAAUUAAUGCUAGCUCAUAAUUCAUACCAAUCAGUGCUGAAACCCAUGGUGCAAAAGUGGGAGGUGGUACCCAGUGGUUGACAGCUUCAUAGGUUUUGGAUAUCUAAGACAGGAGUGCUCAGAUGAAUUUUAUUGUUGGCAAGCAUAUUUUUAUAAGAAUUGUUGGGUGUGCCUAUUUUAACAGUUGUUUUCUGUAUCAUGAAAAGUAUUCUCCACAAUUUAAAUGUUUUAUAUUAGAGAACUCUUUAAUGCACACUUGUCAAAUAUAUAUAUAUAGUACCCAUAUCACCUUUUUAUUUUUUGUUUUAGAUGUAAGAGCAUGCUCGUAUGUUAGGUACUUACAUAAAUUGUUACAUUAUUUUUUCUUAUGUAAUACCUUUUUGUUUGUUUAUGUGGCUCAAAUAUAUUCUUUCUUUAAACUCUU